UUGAGCAGAACGCACACGGCUAAACUCUUGUAAUUACUGUUUAUAGCUGGCCAGGGCUGACUAGGAGAGGGCAAGCCCGAGAGGAAAUAAGUUUCCUGAACCUUUGAGAGAUGGCUGUGGAUUAAUUAAAGGCCAGAACGGGACGGGUAAUUCUCAGACAGGCUCCAAGUUGUUCUUGAGAUCACAGUUCACAUCACGUUUUCUCUGGAGGGAGUGAGUAGAUAAUUGGGAUCUGUUUUUGUGUUUGUUUGUUUUUUUCUUUUUUCUUUUUUCUUUCCCUGUUUUGGCCUUAUGGCCUUGAACCCGCAGUGAACUGAAGACAGAAACCAAUGGAUAUGUCUGACCCCAAUUUGUGGACUGUGCUCUCAAACUUUACUUUGCCUCAUUUGAGGAGUGGGAACAGGCUUCGGCGAACACAAAGUUGCCGAACAAGCAACCGGAAAAGUUUGAUAGGCAAUGGACAGUCACCAGCAUUGCCUCGACCGCAUUCACCUCUCUCUGCUCAUGCAGGAAAUAGCCCUCAAGAUAGUCCAAGAAAUUUCUCCCCCAGUGCCUCAGCCCAUUUUUCAUUUGCACGGAGGACUGAUGGACGCCGCUGGUCGCUGGCUUCUCUCCCCUCUUCUGGCUAUGGAACAAACACACCCAGCUCUACAGUCUCUUCAUCCUGUUCCUCCCAGGAGAAGUUGCAUCAGUUACCAUACCAACCAACGCCAGAUGAAUUACACUUCUUAUCGAAACAUUUUUGUACCACCGAAAGCAUUGCCGCUGAGAACAGAUGCAGGAACACGCCAAUGCGCCCCCGUUCCCGAAGUCUGAGCCCUGGACGUUCUCCCGCCUGCUGUGACCAUGAAAUAAUUAUGAUGAACCAUGUCUACAAAGAAAGGUUCCCGAAGGCUACAGCUCAGAUGGAAGAACGUCUAAAGGAAAUUAUCACCAGCUACUCUCCUGACAAUGUUCUUCCCCUGGCAGAUGGAGUGCUUAGUUUUACCCACCAUCAGAUUAUUGAACUGGCUCGAGAUUGCUUGGAUAAAUCCCACCAGGGUCUCAUCACCUCCCGAUACUUCCUUGAAUUACAACACAAAUUAGAUAAGUUGCUACAGGAGGCUCAUGAUCGUUCAGAAAGUGGAGAAUUGGCAUUUAUUAAGCAACUAGUCCGAAAGAUCCUAAUUGUUAUUGCCCGUCCUGCUCGGUUGUUAGAGUGCCUGGAAUUUGAUCCUGAAGAAUUUUACUACCUGUUGGAAGCAGCGGAAGGCCACGCAAAGGAAGGACAGGGUAUCAAAACUGACAUUCCCAGGUACAUCAUUAGCCAGCUGGGGCUCAAUAAGGAUCCUUUGGAAGAAAUGGCUCAAUUGGGAAACUAUGAUAGUGGGACAGCAGAAACACCAGAAACAGAUGAAUCAGUGAGUAGCUCAAAUGCUUCCCUGAAACUUCGAAGGAAACCUCGGGAAAGUGAUUUUGAAACGAUUAAAUUGAUUAGCAAUGGAGCCUAUGGGGCAGUCUAUUUUGUUCGGCAUAAAGAAUCCCGGCAGAGGUUUGCCAUGAAGAAGAUUAAUAAACAGAACCUCAUCCUUCGAAACCAAAUCCAGCAGGCUUUUGUGGAACGGGAUAUCUUGACUUUUGCAGAAAACCCCUUUGUUGUCAGCAUGUAUUGCUCCUUUGAAACAAGGCGCCACUUGUGUAUGGUCAUGGAAUAUGUGGAAGGGGGAGACUGUGCCACCUUAAUGAAAAACAUGGGUCCUCUGCCUGUUGAUAUGGCCAGGAUGUACUUUGCUGAGACAGUCUUGGCCUUGGAAUAUUUACAUAAUUAUGGAAUUGUACACAGGGACUUGAAACCAGACAACUUGCUGGUCACCUCCAUGGGGCACAUAAAGCUGACAGAUUUUGGAUUGUCUAAGGUGGGACUGAUGAGCAUGACUACCAAUCUUUAUGAGGGUCAUAUUGAGAAGGAUGCUCGAGAGUUCCUGGAUAAACAGGUCUGUGGCACACCUGAAUACAUUGCACCAGAAGUGAUUCUGAGGCAGGGCUAUGGGAAACCAGUGGACUGGUGGGCCAUGGGGAUUAUCCUCUAUGAAUUUCUGGUUGGAUGUGUGCCAUUCUUUGGGGACACUCCAGAAGAGCUAUUUGGACAAGUCAUCAGUGAUGAGAUCAACUGGCCUGAAAAGGAUGAGGCCCCUCCACCUGAUGCCCAAGAUCUCAUUUCACUGCUUCUCAGGCAGAAUCCCCUAGAGAGGCUGGGAACAGGUGGUGCAUACGAAGUCAAACAGCAUCGAUUCUUUCGUUCUUUAGACUGGAACAGUUUGCUGAGACAGAAGGCAGAAUUUAUUCCCCAACUGGAAUCCGAGGAUGACACAAGUUAUUUUGAUACUCGGUCAGAGAAGUAUCAUCAUAUGGAAACUGAGGAAGAAGAUGACACAAAUGAUGAAGACUUUAAUGUGGAAAUAAGGCAGUUUUCCUCCUGUUCACAUAGGUUUUCAAAAGUUUUCAGCAGUAUAGAUCGAAUAACUCAGAAUUCAGGAGAAGAGAAGGAAGACUCUGUGGACAAAACUAAAAGCACAACUUUGCCAUCCACGGAAACAUUAAGCUGGAGUUCAGAAUAUUCUGAAAUGCAACAGUUAUCAACAUCCAACUCUUCAGAUACUGAAAGCAACAGGCGUAAACUCAGCUCUGGCCUCCUUCCCAAACUGGCUAUUUCAACAGAGGGAGAACGAGAUGAAGUUACCCCCUGCCCUGGAGACCCCCAUGAGGAGCCAGAGAAGCCAGUCCUUCCUCCUGAAGAGUGUGCCCAGGAGGAGCCUGAGGUGACCACCCCAGCCAGCACCAUCAGCAGCUCCACCCUGUCAGUUGGCAGUUUUUCAGAGCACUUGGAUCAGAUAAAUGGACGAAACGAGUGUGUGGACAGUACAGAUAAUUCCUCAAAGCCAUCCAGUGAACCUGCUACUCACGUGGCUCGGCAGCGAUUAGAAAGCACAGAAAAAAAGAAAAUCUCGGGGAAAGUCACAAAGUCCCUUUCUGCCAGUGCUCUGUCCCUCAUGAUCCCAGGAGAUAUGUUUGCUGUUUCUCCACUGGGAAGUCCAAUGUCUCCCCAUUCCUUGUCCUCGGACCCUUCUUCUUCACGAGAUUCCUCUCCUAGCCGAGAUUCUUCAGCAGCUUCUGCCAGUCCACACCAGCCCAUUGUGAUCCACAGUUCAGGGAAGAACUAUGGUUUCACCAUCCGAGCCAUCCGGGUGUAUGUGGGAGACAGCGACAUCUACACAGUGCACCAUAUCGUUUGGAAUGUGGAAGAAGGAAGUCCAGCGUGCCAGGUAGGACUGAAGGCUGGAGAUCUGAUCACACACAUCAAUGGCGAGCCAGUGCAUGGACUUGUCCACACGGAGGUUAUAGAGCUCCUCCUAAAGAGUGGAAAUAAGGUGUCAAUCACUACAACCCCAUUUGAAAAUACAUCAAUCAAAACAGGACCAGCCAGGAGAAACAGCUAUAAGAGCCGGAUGGUGAGAAGGAGCAAGAAAUCUAAGAAGAAAGAAAGUCUAGAGAGGAGGAGAUCUCUUUUCAAAAAGCUAGCCAAGCAGCCUUCUCCUUUGCUCCACACCAGCCGAAGUUUCUCCUGCUUGAACCGAUCCCUGUCAUCGGGAGAGAGCCUCCCAGGUUCCCCCACUCAUAGCUUAUCUCCGCGGUCUCCUACACCGAGCUACCGCUCCACCCCUGACUUCCCAUCUGGAACUAAUUCCUCCCAGAGCAGCUCCCCAAGUUCUAGUGCCCCCAAUUCCCCAGCGGGGUCAGGGCACAUCCGGCCCAGCACCCUCCAUGGCCUGGCCCCCAAACUCAGCGGGCAGCGAUACCGGUCGGGAAGGCGGAAGUCGGCUGGCAGCAUCCCGCUCUCCCCACUGGCCCGGACCCCCUCGCCAACUCCCCAGCCCACCUCCCCACAGAGGUCACCGUCCCCUCUGUUGGGACACUCACUGGGCAAUUCCAAGAUCACUCAAGCUUUUCCCAGCAAGAUGCACUCCCCCCCUACCAUUGUCAGACACGUCGUGCGGCCCAAGAGCGCAGAGCCCCCACGGUCCCCACUGCUCAAGCGGGUGCAGUCAGAGGAGAAGCUGUCACCCUCCUAUGGCAGUGACAAGAAGCACCUGUGCUCCCGCAAGCACAGCCUGGAGGUGACCCAGGAAGAGGUGCAGCGGGAGCAGUCCCAGCGGGAGGCGACGCUGCAGAGCCUGGAGGAGAGCGUGUGCGAUGCACCCCUCAGCCGCGCCCGGCCCGUGGAGCAGGGCUGCCUGAAACGGCCUGCCUCGCGCAAGCUGGGCCGCCAGGAGUCUGUGGAUGAGCUAGACCGGGACAAGCCGAAGGCCACGGUAGUGGUGAAGAAACCAGAAAGCUGCCCAGAGAAACAAGAACCCCUCCAGAAAUCCCAUGGGCUCAGCAGUGACUUGGAAAACAUUGCUAUCUUUAGGCUAGAAGAGAGAGAGAAGAAAAUCUACACAAAGGCUCUAGAAAGGUCAAACCAUCUUGAAAACAAAGCAGCCAUGCAGGAGACCCAGUCUCUGGGCAGCCUACUGAAAGAUGCCCUUCACAAGCAGGCCAGCGCCAGGGCCAGUGAGGCCAUGGCCUCGGAUGGGGUACCUGGGGAACACGGCCAGGCUGCAGGGGACUGCAAGCGGGCCUCUGCUGCCAGCACCCUCCAGGAUGGUCUCUGCCACUCUGCCGACAGGUCCGCCUGCGGGAAGGGGGAAUGCACAGAGAAGGCCUCCCAGGCCAAGGAGUUUGUCCGAUGUGAGAAGUUAGACAGCAAGAUGGCCAAUAUCGAUUACCUCCGAAAGAAAAUGUCACUUGAAGACAAAGACGACAGCCUCUGCCCUGUGCUAAAGCCCAAGAUGACACCGAGUGCCCACGAAUGCCUGCCAGGGAACCUAGUCCGGCCCAUGGGUGGGCAACAGGAGGCUCCACCAGCCCCUGAGAGCCGCUCAUUCAUCAGCAGCACCCAUGCAGCUCAGCUUAGCAAUGUCUCUUUUGUUCCUGUCAAGGCCUUAACUGGCCGGGUGGACAGCGGAGUGGAUAAGCCAGGCUUGGUUGCUCCUGAGUCCCCUGUCAGGAAAAGCCCCUCUGAGUAUAAGCUGGAAGGUAGGUCUGUUUCAUGCCUGAAGCCGAUUGAGGGCACUUUGGACAUUGCUCUCCUGUCUGGACCUCAGGCCUCCAAGACAGACCUGCCCUCACCAGAGUCUGUGCAGAGCCCCAGCCCCAGCUGUGACAUGCAGCCCUCUGUGCCAACCCCUCUUCCCAGCAGCAGCAGGAAGAAGGGUGAAACCGCCAGUCCAAGAGAGCCUUCUGCUGGCUUAAAGAUGAAUAAAUCCUACCUGCUCGAGCCUCGGUUCCUGCCCCCCAGCCGGAGUCUCCAGAAUUCACCAGCAGCUCCCCUGCCUGACCCAGAGCUAAAGCGAGAUGGGAAGGUUUCCCAUCCUACUUCUAGGAGCCCGGUGACAGUCAUGGAAAGCAAUCCCCAAAGGAGAGAGGGCGGCCUCACUAGACACCAUGACCACACUACCAACACCAAGCUGCUCCCCUGCCCAGGGCAGAACCUUUAUGGAGGCAGUGACCUGGCCAGGACACAUGGCCCACUCCCACCUGAAGGGACCCCCUCCAGGGAGAAGCCAAGCCUGAGAGACUCAUCUGAAAGGGGCCCUGCCACAGCCAGAAGCGAGCGGUCUGCUGCAAGAACUGAUGUACACAGAGACCCCUCUAUGGAGCUGUAUCCUCCAGAAACCGCUAAACCCGGUGACAGCUCCAAAAAUCUCCCCUGCGUGGGAAGGACUCACCCAGAAUUCUGCACACAGACCCAGGCUACUGGGGAAGCGUGGGGGCCUUGUGGGAGAACAGUCCACAAAGAGGGCCGAGAUGAGGGGAGGCCAGUGGCUAGAGAGGAUUCCUCUUUGCACUCAACUGGGACCCCUCGUGAGAAGGAGCUAGGUAAGGCAAGAAGUGGUAUAGAGCCCAAGCCUGAAGCCCUCUCGCCUGCCAGGCAGACUCUGAAGCCAGCUGGAAUUGAGAGUGGGAAGAGCGAAAGGCUCUCUAGUUUCCCACCUUCACAAAAAGAGGGUCCCAAGGAACCCGAAAGGAAAGAUCAGCCUCUACAAAGGAAUCUCAGCAGUAGCCCUGAGCCCCCACUGACCACCAAAGAACUGCUCAGCCUGGCCACCCGGCAGCACUGCAGCUCCCCAAGCCAUGCUUCAGGCAGAGAGCUGGGGACCAAGCCCGGAGCUGCAGAACCCAGCCUGGGCCUUCAGGACCUUCCCAAGCCAGCUGUUGCACACAGUGAAAGCAGCAGCCACAAACCCUGGCCUGGCCCUGACCUGGGCCCUCCAAAGUCUAAGCACACAGACAGGUUCCCCUCCUCACAGAAACCCAGCGCUGGGGCUGCAAAGGGCAAAGAGCCUCUCACUCAACCCCCUGGUAGCUCUAGCAGAGAGGGGAAGAGCAACAGUAAGGGUGUGUUGGAUGUGUUCCCCGCCAUCCCAGGCUCCCAGAAUAAAGCCAGCGAUGUGGUUGGCCAGGGAGAAAGUGGGCCCUCUGUCCCACUGCACACUGAAGGGGAUCCUCUGGACACCAAGCUGAGACCCACCAGUGGUGGGCGUCCCCCGGAGAUGCUGGAGAAGCCCGUGCAUUUGCCAAGGCAAGGACACCCAGGGUUCAGCGAGUCAGUAGACCAGAGACCUCCCAUAGUCAGUGAAAAGCAAAACCUGUCUCCAAAGCACCCCAAACCAUCCACUGUGAAAGAUUGCCCCCCUCUGUGCAGACAGACAGACAAGAGCUCAAGUCAGCAGGCCACCGCCACAGACAGGAAAUCCGAAGGGAAGAGAUGCACAGAAGCACUUUAUGUUCCAGCAGACAGCGGGAGGCUGGAGGCCAGCCUUUCCCUUGCACAUUGCGAGCCCCUGCUGAAGGGAGCGGAGAGGUCAGCCACGGCGGCGGGGAAGGGCUUCCCCGAGGCCAAGGGGAAAGAGCUUGGGCCCCAGAAGCCACCGAGCGAGGCAGGCAAGCCCAGCAGCAUGAAACGGUCACCCUCGGCCACUGGGCAGAGUUCCUUCCAAUCCACUGCCCACCUGGAGAAGUCCCCGAGCUGCUACUCCAGCUUUCCUGAAGCCAGGCCAGGAGUUCAAGAGGCCUCUACAACCCACAUGGACACCUCUUCUGCCAAGGCCAAUGGGGACAUGGCCAAGCCCACAGCCCCCAACAACCGGGACUCUAGGAAGUCCCAGUCUGGGGGGGAUGGUAGAACCCAAAUGACAAAGAGCGACUCUUUGCCAUCCUUCCGGGACUCCACCAUCACUCUGGAGUCCCCCUACCCCAACCCAAGCACGAUGGGUGGAGCCAGCCACCGGGACAGGGCUCUCUCAGUAACUGCCACCAUUGGAGAAACCAAAGGGAAAGAGCCUGCCCCAGCCCAGCCUCCCCCGACUAGGAAGCAGAGUGUGGGCAGAGAAGUGACCAAGCCCUCCCCAGCUCCAAACACCGACCGCCCUGUCACCCUUUCUUCCGAGAAGGACUUCGUGGUACGGCAGAGACGAGGGAAAGAGAGUUUGCGUAGCAGCCCUCACAAAAAGGCCUCGUAAUGGGGUGUUCCCCGGGCAGGACUGUGGGGACCCGGGCAGAGUAUGCAACUGUGUCUUGACUACCUUUCGAAACCAGCACUGUGUGAGAUGUCCGCCAGGCAGAGCUUGGAGCCUCACUGAGGAAGGGGAGAGAGAGAGAAAGACAGACAGACAGAAAGAAGGGACCUUCUUCCAGAUGCCUUCCCAAUUGUAACCAGUAAAACUGUUACCAGAUAGUGUGUGUACAAAAAAAAACCUUAUGGUUGAGGGUUGUUGAGGAAAAAGAUUUUCUCUGUAAAUAUCUAGCGAUGUGUUUGGUUUGGGAUGUAGAGUCUAUACCUGCUGCUGAUUGCAUUGUUUACUACAGCUGUUUUUUUUUAAAAAACAAGAUUUUUGCUUUACCACUUGUCAUAAUGUAGUAAUGAAGCAAAAUGGUCGAAACUGGGUGUAUGCAAAAAUAUAGAUACGCCCAUAUUUGUGUAUAUACACAUCCAGCUAUACGUUUUGGUCUGUGGUUUAAGAGAAUAUUUCAAGGCUCCAUUUUUAUAAGCUAAAGCAUUCUAAGUAAAGUUAAAGAUGAAAGAAAUCCCUAAGUAUUUACAGUAGAUUGUGAGUUUUUAUGUGUAUUUUUAUCCGGAGUUUCUGAUAGUACUGAAUCUGGCUACCUAUAUUUCCAGAUCUAAAGCAAGAACUACUUCUAAUCACUGCAUUUGGAAUUCUUCUCCAUUAGGAAUGGCCAGGACAAAUGGAGCUAGCCAUUUUCCUUUCAUGGUCAUCCUAAUGGACAUUUUGAUCUUGGGUCCAACCAUCUGACAAGCCAGUUGUCCUUGUCUGUGGGUGUGUGUGUCUGGUCUUCACCGGAGGGAGAGCGGGGACUAUAAACACACGUCAACUUGAUUUCUGUUCUCUUUCUUUCCCUUCUUUUCAAGCUCUUAAACUCAGGCCUUUCUGCUGUGAGUGACUAGUUUAAGAAGCACACAUUUUGUAGUAGUCCUGCACCAGCCCUGCUCUUGAAUAAAAAGACAAAUGACGGGCUGUACACAAAUCUGCUAGUAUUUAGGUCGAGUAAUAAGCAUCAGGCAUUGGAAGAGGUUUUAAAUAUGCUUUUUUGAGGAAAAGAUGGGGGGUGGAUUUUGGCAUCAUAGCAUAUAUAUUAAGGAAUAAUCAGGACAUCAGAUACAUUUUAAUACAUAGCUGGGGCCUUAUGUUGUAGAUGAAGCUUGCUGUUUUUAGCAAGUUCCUAGGUUUCACAUUCAUUUCUGAUGCAUCGAGUAGCUCCUUACAUUUCAUGACAUGAUCUCUUUAUUUGUAUGCAGAAAAUACUGUAUUAAUAAACAGCAGCAUUUUUGUAACAAAGAGACUUGUUGGAGCUAUUUGGUGCUUGAAUGUGACCAUCCUUUUUACUUUUGCUAAGCCUUAUUUAAAUUUUGUAUACUGUGGAAUACAUAGAAUUUGUCCAAUCACUUUAGUGCUGAGGGUUUUUGAUUUUUUGUUUUGUUUUGUUUUUGUUGCAGUUUUUUGGUGAUUUGUUUUAUAUUGUAAGAUGGCACUUGCUGACAUAAGUACUAAGACACUAAGAGAAAAUACAGAUAAGUAUUUAUAAGAUGCUUGGGAUCCACGGCAGGAUUUUUUGUUCUGUAAGAGAGAAAAAUUACCAAUAAAUAACUAAUCCAACACCUAAACCCCCUUGGGGAAGUCUUAGUAUCUUCAAGCUAUAAAAUCGUUCAUCUAAGCACAGUAUCAUCUUACGGCCCUAUGAAUUGUAAAUCAUCUAGCCAGGCUGUAAACUCCACUUUGAAAAUAAAGGCAUAACUUAACCGACCGCUCAGCUGACCUUCAUUGUAAAAUGAGUUAGAAAUGGUAAAAGAAAAAGAAAAAAGUCUCCUCUUUGCCCCUAAUUUUUUCCAAGUAAUUUUAGCCAUUCCGCAUCACCAUAUUGUGAAACUGUAGAACAAACAAAUAUUUUACAAGAACUUAAAUGGGUUUCCAAAGUGGUCUCAACAUUUAUAAUACAUAUCUGUGUUUGGCAGUUGUCGUAACCCAAUCCUUCUACACUCAGACAUCGAGACAAGUCUAUCGGGGAGGUAGUCCAUGGUUUACAGCUUUUGCUUUUUAACUGUCCAGUUUCCUUUAAAGCACAACUAGCUGCUUGUUUACAAAUGGUAGUUUUAUGUAUAUUUUGUAUAGUGUAUUAUCAUUUUUGCCAUAUACGUUUUUGCAUUUUGGAUGAGUAAAGAGUACUUAAGGUUGCAUUCAUGUAGUACCUGUUUGUUGUCGUAAACCUUUCCAGUCAGCUGGUAGAAAUUCUCCUGUGUUCUAUCUGGUCGGUCUCCGUGUGAUUGUAAGAUGUGCUCCUCGGUAGUACUCCCAGUGGUAGAUUUACCAGCUUCAGAGUUUGUUAGGAUCUGUGCAAUAAAGUGUUUGCAGUCUUAUUUUCUCUAAGAAAUUCCCUAUGGAUGUCAUAAUUGUUGUAUAUUGAACAAAUAUUUAUACUUAUGCAGUUGCAUAACAUUGAAAUAAAAACUUAGCAUGAAAGAUAA